UUCUUACAAUAUACUGUAGUUCCCGGCGCUCCCUCUGCAAGGGACGGACUUCAAUGUCAGAGCUGCACUGCUUCCAUGGAUGGGGAAAGGAGUACCAAAAUAAAGUAGUAAACUGUUCCAUACUUUCCUAGUACAUGACAGUAUUCAGUUUCUUUACAUUGUUUUUCUAUUGUUGGAUGUCUAGCCUCUGUAUACUGUAUGAUAGACAUCUGCUUGGUAGUUGGUACAGUAUAAGGCAAUUAUAUUUCCGUCAAUUGCAUGGACUCUCGCAGCUCCUCCCCUAUUCAACAGCGGGUUUGUCAAUCAGAGGCGUGUCCACGGUGAAGGCCGGCGGGUGAGAGGCAGGCUGCGCAGGAGGACGCGGAUCCAGCUCGACUCAGUUAGCGAGCAGCAGGAGACUGUAGGAGCAAGGCGGUCGCUCCAGUGCGUGUGGUGAAGUCAAAAAGCUUCAGUGCCUGAAAUUUGGCUGAAGAGAAACUGAUUUAUUGUGCUUCAUGAAUGAAGCCCAAGUAAACGUGUAGACAGUUGAAAACAUUCCAGUCGAGGGGUUUGGUUUUUCUAGCACGAGGGGUGUAUCGCAACUCUGUGUUGUAGCGUUUGUUGCUAGGCUUUUUUUGUGCGCGUCCCACGCUUGUGAGGACAGGACCGACCGCUCUGCUGCGAUGAUCCCCCAGUGCACCUACAGCCCAGAAACCAGAAACCGGCCGCGGUGCCCCAGCCUGCCCGUGGAGCAGAACCAGAUACGCUGCGGACUACUGUCCGAAAUCCAGAGCACGAUCAGAACCGAACCCUUUGGCGACCACUACAGUCUCAUCCCCGGGAAGGAGCUCGGCAGGGGGAAGUUUGCAGUUGUUAAGAAGUACAUGAAGAGGAGCACUGGGAAGGAGUAUGCUGCUAAGUUCAUGAGGAAGAGGAGGAAGGGCCAAGACUGUCGCAUGGAGAUCAUACAUGAGAUUGCGGUCUUGGAGCUGGCCAGGUUCAGCCCCCGCGUCAUCGACCUUCAUGAGGUGUACGAGACGGCCACAGAGAUGAUCCUCGUGCUGGAAUAUGCUGCUGGUGGUGAAAUAUUUAACCAGUGCGUGGCUGACCGAGAUGAGGCCUUCAAGGAGGAGGAGGUCAAGCGACUCAUGAGGCAAAUCCUGGAAGGUGUGGCUUUCCUGCACAAAAACAACGUGGUCCACCUUGACCUGAAGCCACAGAAUAUUCUGCUGACUAGUGCGUCCCCUGUGGGAGACAUUAAGAUUGUGGAUUUUGGCCUCUCUAGAAUAGUGAGCAGUAACGAAGAGCUGAGGGAGAUCAUGGGGACGCCCGAGUAUGUGGCUCCUGAAAUUUUAAAUUAUGAGCCAAUAAGCACAGCGACUGACAUGUGGAGUAUCGGUGUUCUGGCCUAUGUGAUGCUUACUGGGACCUCUCCUUUCCUGGGAGAUGACAAGCAGGAGACCUUCCUCAAUAUUUCACAGAUAAACAUAAGCUACACCCAGGAAGAAUUUGAAGGGAUUGACAAAUCUGCUAUUGACUUCAUGAAGAUGCUUCUCAUUAAAGAACCAGAGGCCAGAGCCACGGCAGAGCAGUGCCGGCAGCACCUGUGGCUGCAGCAGCUCCAUGAGGACACAGCGGAGGCGCUGAGCUCCUGUGAAGGCUCCUCGGAGGAGGGCAGCCCCCUCUCCCCGGCAGGAGAGGCCGCAGCACAGAGCCAGGUGGCAGAGGAGCUCAUAGUCAUGGCUGCAUACACUCUCGGACAAUGCCGGCAGUCGGAGAAGGAGAGCAUGACCCCUGAUCAGAAGGCCAUUUCCAAGCGCUUCAAAUUUGAGGAGCCAUUCAGCACACUGCAGGAGAUCCCAGGAGACUUCAUCUACUGAACUGCUAUAGGAAACCAGGGAACUCAAACUAGAAUUUUGUUUUACAUUCACCUCGAGAUUUGACUACAAACUUUUAAGCCAAACUUUUGUUUUUGUCUGUUUGUGCUGCUUUAAUUGGUAAGUUAAAAUAGGACUGAGCCUUGAUGUGAAGAAUCUUUUUGUGCCAUGCUUGAGAUGAAAUGGCGUGGCCCAUAAAUGGAGCCACAGUGUUUUGUUGUUGUUUUUGCCACUUCUUAUUAAAAAUGUUAUUUACCUUAAAAGUAUAAACUCGUAAAAAGGUAUAUGUGUGUAUAUACAGUAUAUAUAAAGCUGAACCUAAUAUUGUUUUUAUAGACUGUUUAAAUAAAAAAUUAAAAUGCAAUUGCACACAUUUAUCCCCAAACUGUUGGAUCCCCACUAUCUAGCAGUCUUGGGCUCGAAUUGUUUUGAAGCAACACUUGCAUAUUGUUGUCAACAUUUCUGCUAUUUACAAAACAAGGCAAUAGGUUUGACAGACUUCCAGAAUCAUGCUUUUACACAAAUUGAUAUUUGUCACCUUUAGAAUUAGCCUUUCUUUAAGGUAAUAGUGACUGAAAAAUUAAACCUUGGCACUGUAAAUAAACUCUAAGCUCUAGUGCUGAAGAGGUUUAUCCCUUCAUGUGAGAUUUGUAGCCUCAAAACUAUGAUGACUUUUGUAUUUAUGACAUUUUUUCAGCACACCUUUCACUUUUCAAUUUUCACUUUUUUAUACAUUUUAUGUUUUUUUUGUCAGAUCAAUAAGAAUGCUGUUAUAAUUAUUAUAACUUAUUAUAACUGGUAUAUUUUUAGACUGAAAAGGCAGUCUCUUGUGCCCUUUGCUAACCUAUUAAAUUUUCUGAACUGAGGAAUUGAGCCUCUUUACAGUAUAUGCCUUAAAAGAUAAUAUUAAGGAAAGUUUCAAACUUUUUUACAUUCAUGUUCAUUUUUUCCACAAGUCAAGCUGUUUGAAAAGAAUAUUAGCUCUUGUUAAUUAAAAGCGAAUAGAAAACAAUACAAAAUGUUUUCUUAAUGCCAUACACAUAAAGGUGGUUGUAGCUGUUUUUUCUUUAAACUCUUAUUGAGGUGGGCUGACAAUCCAAAAAGACAGUGCCAACAAAUUAAGACAUAAAGACAGUUACAGUCUAUAUUUAAGUCAAUGUGUAAAAACAAAUAAAAAAAUGAUUACUUUAACAUAAACUAAAGUUUUUCGGUUACAUACAGUAGGCUUUAUAUAAUGUAAACAUGAAUUACACACCUCACCUUUUUGCAGUGACAUUGAACUCUUAAAUUUCUUAUCUUGGGGAGGAGUGUUUACAUUUGCAAUUGUCAUUUAGAGAUUUACUUUUAUUUAGUGUUCCACAAAAAUGCAUUAAUCUAAUAGCUUGUUCCAUCCCUCCUAAGCUUUAGGACCUUUUUUCAAAUCUAUAACUGCUAUUUUUUUUAAUGAAAUUGUACAUUUCACACAAUGCAACACACAAGACUACUUGGAGAUUUAAACAAAUUAUGAACCGCAGCUGUAUAUUUUAGUGUACUGCAGUAUGAAUGUAAUAAAUGUAAGCUUGCCUCUGAA